UUACCAUUUCAUACGCAUUUUCUUGUUCUUCUUCUCUGCAACUCUCCAAAAUCCCCCAUUUCCUACAAACCCAAAUUUUCUCCUCUCCCAAAAUCCCCAAACUUUCAAUCUCAUUCAAUUGCACUACAAGGAAGAAGAAGGUGAAGGAGGAGAAGAAGGUGAAGGAAGAAGAAGGAGGAGAAGAUUGAAGAAGAGUAUGGAAUAUUAUCGGUAUUAUCGUAGUUGGAUGUACGAUAGAAUAUUUUCAGGAAGAAUGAGACUUAAACUCAAUUUUAUAGUUGGAGUUGAAGGGUUUAUCAGUUGGGCGUUUGCUCAGGAAUUAUGUCGAAGCGAAGGAGGAGUUAGGUGUCCCUGUCUUAAAUGUGAAUGUAGAUCAAUAAUUAGUGACCCACAGGUAAUAACAUCUCAUUUGGAUAGAAGGGGUUUCAUUGCAAAUUAUUGGGUUUGGACGUUUAACGGUGAAGAACUGCCUAGUAACGUAUCGGAGACUAGCAACUCUCAUGCUUCAAGUAGUCGGUCGCCUAUGGAAUAUGAGGAAAACUUUAAUCUGAUUUGUGACAUGGUUGAGGAUGCUUUUGGUGUGAACGUGACUGAUCCGCUGUCGCGCGCGGGUCAAAAACGAGUUAACUGCAAAACUGUAGUACGACGGUAAGGUAACUCGAAUAUCGUCUCUCAAGGACUCUUAAUUAUUACUAACUGAAAUCGAAAUUGGGGGGGUUGGUUUGGUGGUCGAAUUACAGAAAAAGUGCUUAAAAUAAGUGAUUCUGAAAAUAAGCUGUUUUGAAAUAAGUGAUUACGGAAACAAGUCAAUCUACCGAUUCAGUUCCUACCAAUCAUCGAUUAUUAAAAUCUCACUAUCCUAAGCGGAUUCCUUUCCCGUUCGAUUACAAUAUAAUCAACAAGCGUAACAAUAUUAUACGAAUUAUGUUUUCCGUUUGCCGAAUUAAGCAUUCGGUUAAGCGAUAAGCGGGUUAACGAUUAAGCAUACGAUAAACACGCAGAUAAGUUGAAAAACAUAAUUCAAUCGAACCAAACAACAUAUAUUACGAAUAUCAAAUUAAGCAAAAGAUAAACAAAAUAUAUUAUUGAAGGAAAAGGAAUUUCAUUGCAAAACUUAUAAUAAUCUCAUAGUUUCGGAACCUGAAUUCGGUAGAUCAACCAAAAGUGAUUAGUUCGCCAUGGAUCAAUUUGUACAAGCUUCAAGAAUUUCGUGAAUAGUGACCGUAUGAACAGUAACUGCGGCUGCCUAACCUAAGUCAAAACCACAACCCGUUUUACAAUCCAACUGGGUCAAACAUACGACCCAGGCCCAAAACCAAUUGACCCGAAACUUAACUAAAACUAGUGCUGCAACUUCAACGAAUAUUCUGGCCCUUCUACAGUCCGAUUCUGACUUCGACUCCAACAUAAGAAUUGUAGCUCUUUCUCUUAGCUUUCCGGCGAUUAUUAGAACGCCUCAAUCGGACUCCUGGAACUCCAGAUAUGAUUGUUUCCGUGCAGACUGUUAAAGCUGAAAAUUAAAUACGAAAAUCAAAUAACAAUAAAAAUAAAAUAAAAUAUAAAAACAUAUUAAAAUAGAGAAAUAAACAAACCAAACCAUGGAGUUGAAUGAGGAGUUAGGUGUCCCUGUCUUAAAUGUGAAUGUAGAUCAAUAAUUAGUGACCCACAGGUAAUAACAUCUCAUUUGGAUAGAAGGGGUUUCAUUGCAAAUUAUUGGGUUUGGACGUUUAACGGUGAAGAACUGCCUAGUAACAUACCGGAGACUAGCAACUCUCAUGCUUCAAGUAGUCGGUCGCCUAUGGAAUAUGAGGAAAACUUUAAUCUGAUUUGUGACAUGGUUGAGGAUGCUUUUGGUGUGAACGUGACCUAUGAUGAACCUGAAGAUUUUGGUGGGGAAGAGUUGCCGAAUGAGGAAGCGCAGAAAUUUUAUCAGUUGUUGAAUGAGAUGAAUACGCCGUUGUUUGAUGGAUCGUCUGAAUCAAAGUUAUCAAUGUGUGUGAGAUUGUUGGCCGCCAAGUCAAAUUGGAAUGUUCCUGAUCAGUGUUUGGAAUUCUUCGUAAAAAUGAUGUUGGACUCAACUGCAAUGAAAGACAACUUGCCUACAACGUUUUAUGAAGCAAAGAAGUUGGUGUCGAAGUUGGGCUUAAGAGUAAGAAAGAUUGAUUGUUGCAUUAAUGGUUGUAUGUUGUUUUACGACAAUGAGUUUGGUACUCAAGAUGGGUUGUUGGAGGAAUGUAAGUUUUGUAUGAGUCCAAGAUAUAAAGUUCCCAGUAGAGCCGUUAACACUAAUCAAGACCGUGUAGCGGUAAAGUCCAUGUUUUAUCUUCCGAUAAUACCAAGGUUAAAAAGAAUGUUUGCUUCAAUGCACACUGCAAGUCAAAUGACAUGGCAUCACACAAAUAAAACAAGUUCAGGCACUAUGCGGCAUCCAUCUGAUGGCGAGGCAUGGAAGCAUUUUGAUCGAAUACAUCCUGAUUUUUCCGCAGAACCUAGAAAUGUUAGGCUUGGAUUAUGCUCAGAUGGUUUUACUCCUUAUGUUCAAGCGUCGGGAAGUAUGUAUUCUUGUUGGCCAGUUAUUGUAACCCCUUACAACCUCCCUCCUGAGAUGUGCAUGACAAAACCAUACAUGUUUUUGACGUGCGUCAUUCCAGGACCUUCGAGUCCAAAAGCAGGAAUUGAUGUGUAUUUACAACCUUUAAUUGAUGAUUUGAAGAGAUUGUGGAUUGGAGAAUGGACUUAUGAUGUAUCACGUAAAGAAAACUUUACAAUGCGAGCUUCCUUGAUGUGGACCAUCAAUGACUUUCCAGCAUAUGGCAUGUUGUCUGGUUGGGGUACGCAUGGCAAAAUAGGUUGUCCGCAUUGCAUGGGAAACAACAAAGGGUUCACGUUGGAUAAAGGUGGGAAAAGCUCGUGGUUUGACUGUCACCGCAGAUUCCUACCACGAAAUCACUCCUAUAGAAGAAACAUGACAAACUUUAAAAAAGAUGUACGAGUGAAAGAUUCGCCUCCGCCUCGAUUGCCACCAUGGGCUAUAUGGGAACAAGUUAGUGAGCUACCGAAAUUUACAGAUACUGGCAAAGCAUGCCGAAUUGAAGGAUACGGAGUCACGCACAAUUGGACAAAAAGAAGUAUAUUUUGGGACCUCCCGUAUUGGAAAGAUAACUUGUUGCACCAUAAUCUAGAUGUUAUGCAUAUUGAGAAGAAUUUUUUUGAUAAUGUAUUUAACACAGUGAUGGAUGUGAAAGGCAAAACAAAAGAUAAUGAGAAGGCCAGACAAGACAUGAAAAAAUGGUGUAAUAGAAGAGAGUUGGAGUUGAAGCCUCUACCGAAUGGAUAGUUAUUAAAACCCAAGGCUUGUUUCACUCUGACUUCCCAAGAAGCUAAAGCUGUUUGUCGAUGGCUAAAAGAUUUGAGAAUGCCUGAUGGGUAUUCAUCGAAUUUAUCAAGGUGUGCUGACCCUAACUAUGGGAAGUUGCAUGGAAUGAAAAGUCACGAUUGUCACAUUUUUAUGGAACAAUUGUUACCAAUUGCAUUUGGCUCGCUACCCAAACAUGUUCUUGAUCCACUAACUGAAAUUAGUCAGUUUUUUAGAGAUAUUUGUGCGUCAGCUUUAAAAAUGGAAGACAUCAUGAAGUUGGACCAAAACAUUGCAAUCAUUCUUUGUAAGUUGGAACAAGUAUUUCCGCCUGGUUUCUUUGACUCCAUGGAACAUUUACCUGUGCAUCUUGCAUAUGAAGCUUUUCUUGGUGGACCAGUUCAAUAUAGGUGGAUGUAUCCGUUUGAAAGGUUCAUGGGUGAUUCAAAGCGAUUAGUGAAGAAUAAAGCAAGAGUUGAAGGUUCUAUAUGUGCACAUUACCUGCAUCGAGAAACAUCACAUUUUUGCAAUCAUUAUUUCAAUCACUUGACGUUAACUCCUAGAACCAUACGGAAUCCGGAAAUAUAAAGAGUAUGACCCUUUCAUAAUGUCAAAUAUUGUUAGGCAAGUUUAUUAUGUACCUUAUCCUUCAUUUGUGACACGUAAAAGAGGAUGGUGUGUUGUAAUAAAAACAAAACCGCAAGGUCAUAUUGAAAAUGGCGAUCAAGUAGAAGAUGUUGCCUAUCAAGUUGAUGAUGUUGAUCAAAUUAAUGAAGUGGUUGCAGCUGAAGACAUUACAAGUUUGUCUGAUACAACUAUUGAGGGACAUCAAGUUGAUGCAUCUAUAUUGUUGGUUGAAAAUAAUGUGGAUGAAGAGAAUGAUGAAGAGUUUGAAUCCGAUGACAACAAUGAAGAGAAUGACGAAGAGAAUGAUGAAGAGUUUGCUUCCGAUGAUAAUAAUGAAGAGAAUGACGAAGAGAACGACGAAGAGAAUGAUGAAGAGAAUGACGUGGAUAGCGACGAUGAAGAAUAACUAAACAUUGAAUGUAAUAUCUAUUAAAUAUCUAUUUAUGUGUUAAUGAAUAUCUAUUUAUGUGUUAAUGA